UGCUUGUAGCGCUUUUGCUUUGUAAAGUGUAGGUAGCGUCUACGAAUUCAAAACAAAUGCAGUGCUUGUUCUGUACAUUUAAUUUAGUAUUUAUAGUGUGAAAAAUAAGUGUUUACGCAACUAUAAAACUACAUUUUAAGUUUUGACUAAAAUGUUUCAUUAGUGCACUCCAAAGUGCUAUUUAUCAAACAUAACCUAUAACGAGAUUCAACAGCAAAUAUGUUUUCUAUUUGUCGACAAACGCAUCCUGCCACGGGCAUAGAACAUGCCGUUAGCUGUUGUUUCUUUAACAAUGACGAGACCUGCUUGGUUACGGCGGGCGCUAACAUUAUCAAAGUCUUUAGGUUGCUGCCAGAAGGCCCUAGCAGGGAGGUUAAUGCCGCUGGUCAGCCAAUACCUCCAAAAAUGAAGCUGGAAUGUCUUGCAACAUACACACUGUGGGGAAAUGUUAUGUCUUUGGCCUCAGUGAAAAGCCCCAGCUCUGGACGUGACUUACUGCUAGUCUCGUUCAGAGAGGCUAAGCUAUCGGUAUUGCAGUAUGAUCCCCAGACUAAUAACUUGAUUACACUGAGUAUGCACUAUUUUGAAGAAGAAGAUAUGAAGAAUGGUUGGACAACUCACCCUCACAUCCCCUGGAUCCGUGUGGACCCAGAGGGCCGAUGCGCCGUCAUGCUACUCUAUGGCAAAAAGCUCGCAGUACUGCCAUUUCGGAAGGAUGUCACUUCUGAGGAAGGGGACCCUUUGGAAGCAAAGCCUCUCGCUGACUUGAAAAAAAAUGCACCAACAAUCCCAGUAGUCCGAGCACCAACACUUGCGUCCUACGUAAUAGUUCUUAAAGAUCUGGAUGAGAAAAUAGACAACAUACUGGACAUACAGUUCUUGCAUGGUUACUAUGAACCAACGCUACUGUUGUUGUAUGAACCCGUGAGGACUUUUGCUGGCCGUACAGCAGUGCGGAACGACACUUGCGCCAUGGCGGGGGUGAGUUUGAACAUGAGCGCGCGUGUGCACCCCGUGAUUUGGGCAACGUCUGGCCUGCCGUUUGACUGUCUGCGUGCCGUGCCCAUCCAGCGCCCACUGGGUGGUUGUUUGAUAAUGGCUGUGAACUCCCUGAUCUACCUGAACCAGUCAGUUCCGCCGUACGGUGUGUCUCUCAACAGUGUUGCCACGCACACAACUAACUUUCCUCUCAGGAUUCAAGAAGGCGUGUGUAUCACGCUAGAUGGAGCUUGCGUGGCCCCGCUAGGAGAGGGCCGGUUAGCGCUAUCACUCAAGGGAGGCCAGCUAUACGUGCUUACCCUGUUAGCGGACUCUGUGCGUAGCGUGCGCAGCGCGCAUCUAGACCGUGCCGCGGCCUCCGUGCUCACGACUACUAUGUGUGUAAUAGAAGAAGACUUUCUGUUUCUCGGCUCGCGUCUCGGAAAUUCCCUCUUACUGAGAGUGACAGAGAGAGAAAAUAGAAUGCUGUUUUCAGUCGACAAACCUUUGGAAGCCACCGUCGAUUUAACUAUCGAGAACGAGCAAGAAUACGCAAAUCAAGCUCAAAAGGACAAGGAUAAAGACUCAGAUCCUGCUGCGAAAAAGCGUCGCCUAGACAGUCUGUCCGACUGCAUUGCCACAAACGUUAUCGAGAUUAGCGACAAAGAUGAGCUGGAAGUGUAUGGAAGCGACAUUAGGACAUCUACUCAGCUGACUAGUUAUGUAUUUGAGGUAUGCGACUCUCUGCUCAACAUCUGUCCAAUCGGUGACGUAUCCAUGGGCGAACCUCAACUACUAUCCGAAGAGUACAGUCGGACCGCGGAGAUGCCCGCAGUCGAGCUGGUGGCCUGCAGCGGGCGCGGCAAGAACGGCGCGCUGACUGUACUGCAGCGCAGCGUGCGCCCGCAGCUCAUCACUGCUUUCAACUUACCUGGCUGCAUAGAUAUGUGGACAGUUAUGGGAGAGCCAGCUGAGGCAACUCGGGACGCGCAUCGAGAUAUGGAGGGCUCGCACGCUUAUAUGAUUCUGACGCAGGAGGACUCAAGCAUGAUCCUACAAACUGGUCAGGAGAUCAACGAGGUGGACAACAGUGGUUUCAUGACGGGCGCGCCGACCGUGUUCGCUGGCAACCUCGGCAACAACAAGUUCAUGGUGCAAGUCACUACCACGGCCAUCCGACUUAUCAAGAACGGUGUUCAACUGCAGUCGUUCCAGUUAGAGUGGACAGCGCAGUACGCGGCCACAGCGGACCCGUACAUAUGCGUCGUGUCUACCUGCGGCCGCGCGCUCGUGCUCGCGCUCCGAGAGUUCCGCACCAACCAGUCCAUGACCGCUCGCCUGGCGCCGACCAGACAGCCGGUGCCUCACAGGCCGGCGCUCGUGAAGGCCGUGCCGUACAGGGACCUCAGCGGGCUGUUCACGUCGGCAGACUUGGAUAGUGUUCAGGUGAAAGGCGAGUUCACGGGCAAGAUGAAAGGCAAGAAGAACGUGAAGGCCGAGGGCUUCCAGCCCGACACGGUGUACGAACUGAACGACGAGGACGAGUUGCUGUACGGUGGCGACCAGACGCCCGCUUCUAUGGCCAGUAUAAUGUUAGCGGAGCAGUCCAAGAACCCGGGCGUGCCGCGUCGCGUGUCCCGCUGGUGGAAGCGCCAUCUAGCGGAGCUCAAGCCAACCUACUGGCUGUUCGUCGUCCGCAACAACGGCAACCUCGAGAUAUACUCGCUGCCCGAGAUGCGGCUAAGCUUCCUCGUGCGCGACGUGUGUGCGGGCGAGAGGAUACUGGCCGACAGCCUGGAAUCCGUCCCGCAGCCUUCCCAAACCGAGGACGAGGAAAUGACGAUCCCUCAGAACAGCGAAGUGGACAAACUUAAAGAAAUGCUAGUGGUCGGAGUGGGACAUAAAGGCUCGCGCGUCUUGCUGCUUAUGCGGUGCGACGGAGAUACGCUCAUGAUAUACCAAGCAUACAAAUACCCACGCGGCAACCUCAAGCUCCGUUUCUCGCGGAUCAACAUAGCUUUCCCAUUCGGCUACCAGAGCGCCACCGUCACGUCUAGCGAUGACAGUUACGAGGCAUCUAUGUUACGAGACAACGUUCGACAGAUGAGGUAUUUUGGAAACGUAGGCGGUUACAAUGGCGUAUUCAUAUGCGGACGAACGCCGUACCUGCUAGUACUGACAGCUCGUGGGGAGCUUCGCGUGCACCCGCUGUGCCCCGAGGAAGCCCCUGUAUCCACCUUCGCGCCCUUCAACAACACCAACUGUCCGCAGGGCCUGCUCUACUUUAACGCCAAGUCUGAGCUCCGAAUCUGCGCGUUACCGACCCACUUAUCAUACGACGCGCCGUGGCCAGUGCGAAAAGUGCCGAUCAGAAUGUCACCGCAUUUCGUCACAUACCACAUGGAGUCCAAGACCUACUGUCUCGUGGCCAGCACGGCCCAGUCCACGCAGACGUAUUACAAGUUCAAUGGGGAGGAUAAGGAGCAAUCUGAAGAGAAUAAGGGAGAGAGGUUCCCGUAUCCGAUGUUGGAGCGUUUCAGCGUGUGUCUAUUCUCGCCGGUGUCGUGGGAGAUCAUCCCCAACACCAAUAUCGAGCUGGACGAGUGGGAACACGUCACUUGUCUCAAGAAUGUGGCGCUGUCUUACGAAGGAACGAGGUCGGGCUUGCGCGGCUACAUAGCGAUAGGAACAAAUUAUAAUUACAGCGAAGACAUUACGUCACGAGGAAGAAUAAUAAUCUACGAUAUUAUCGACGUAGUGCCCGAGCCGGGACAGCCUCUGACCAAGAAUCGUUUCAAGGAGCUGUACGCCAAAGAACAGAAGGGUCCCGUCACUGCGCUCACACAAGUGCUGGGUUACCUUAUAUCCGCUGUAGGACAAAAGAUCUACAUCUGGCAACUAAAAGACAACGACCUAGUCGGCGUGGCGUUCAUCGACACGCAGAUAUACGUGCACCGCAUGCUGGCCGUGAAGAACCUGGUGCUGGUGGCCGACGUGUACAAAUCUGUGUCGCUCCUGCGCUACCAGGCGCAGCAUCGCACGCUCAGUCUCGUCUCCAGGGAUCUCAGGACUGCUCAGAUUUAUGACAUGGAGUUUAUGGUCGACAACACUAAUUUAGGUUUCCUCGUGUCCGAAGCGGAGGGUAACUUCGUCAUCUUCAUGUACCAGCCGCAAGCGCGUGAGAGUUACGGAGGUCAGCGACUGAUCAGAAAAUGCGACUACCACCUCGGGCAACAAGUGCACUCUAUGUUCCGGAUCAACGCGCGGUCAAUACCCAACAGCGUGCAUCGGCGGCAUGCCACCAUGUACACUACACUAGAUGGCGGCGUUGGCUAUGUGCUGCCGCUGUCCGAGAAAAUGUACCGGCGGCUUCUCAUGUUACAAAACGUUAUGAACAACUACUGCUGCCAUCUGGCGGGGCUCAACCCGCGCGCUUUUAGGACAUACAAGUCGGCGCGCAAGCCCGCCGGCGGCGGCGCAGCGCGCGGGGUUCUGGACGGCGACCUGGUGGCGCUGUACUGCGGCCUGCCGCACGCAGACAAGCACGACAUUGCGAAGAAAAUCGGCACCAAAGUUGAAGAGAUAAUGUCUGACCUCUUCGAGAUUGAUAGACUGACGGCUCACUUCUAAUUUCUACUCACUGUACAUAGCUUUAGAAAUAAACUAGUAUUAUUAUUACCUA